ACAUAUAUACAGAUUCUCUUUGGUUUAAACAUUUAGCGGGUGGGUGGAAGUCAGUAGUAGUUACCGCUGACCCGUUCGAACCGCCACACACGACUCUUCGACUCGCGCUCGAUAUAAAAAAACACGCGCAGCGACGGCCCGCAGGAAACCAGCGUAAAUCCCACACUCUCUCUCCGGGCGAAAACAACAACACUUGAAGAAAAACAAUGAAGGUCUGCUGCAUCGGCGCGGGAUAUGUCGGAGGCCCCACCUGCGCGGUGAUGGCGCUCAAGUGUCCCGACAUAGUCAUUACCCUGGUGGACAAGAGCAGCGAGCGGAUUGCCCAGUGGAAUUCGGAUAAAUUACCAAUUUACGAGCCCGGUCUCGAUGACGUGGUAAAAAAGUGCCGCAACGUUAAUUUGUUCUUUUCCACGGACAUCGAGACGGCCAUCAAGGAAGCGGACCUCAUCUUCAUCUCGGUGAACACGCCCACAAAGACCUGUGGCAAUGGCAAGGGACGAGCGGCGGAUCUCAAGUAUGUGGAGAGUGCUGCCCGGAUGAUUGCCGAGAUUGCGCAAUCCAACAAGAUUGUGGUGGAGAAGAGCACGGUUCCCGUGCGGGCAGCGGAGAGCAUUAUGCACAUCCUACGGGCGAAUCAGAAGCCCGGCAUCCACUACGACAUCCUGUCCAAUCCGGAGUUCCUGGCCGAAGGCACUGCCAUCAAUGAUCUGCUCAAUGCGGACCGAGUGCUAAUCGGCGGCGAGGAAACGCCUGAGGGCCAUCAGGCGGUGGAGAAGCUAUCGUGGAUCUACGAGCACUGGAUACCCAAACAGCACAUUCUCACCACGAAUACGUGGAGCAGUGAGCUGUCCAAGCUGGCGGCUAAUGCUUUUCUGGCUCAGCGCAUCUCCAGCAUUAAUUCGCUGUCCGCUGUUUGCGAGGCCACCGGGGCCGAUGUCUCCGAGGUGGCACGUGCCGUCGGUCUGGAUUCCCGCAUCGGUUCCAAGUUCCUGCAGGCCUCCGUGGGCUUCGGUGGCAGCUGCUUCCAGAAGGACAUUCUCAACCUAAUCUACAUCUGCGAGAACCUCAAUCUGCCAGAGGUGGCCGCCUACUGGCAGCAGGUGAUCGACAUGAAUGACUAUCAGAAGAGGCGGUUCUCGCAGAAGAUCAUCGAGAGUCUGUUCAACACGGUUUCGGACAAGCGGAUAGCCAUCCUUGGGUUUGCCUUCAAGAAGAAUACGGGAGAUACCCGCGAAACGGCCGCAAUUACGGUCUGCCAAACCCUGCUCGAGGAGGGCGCCAAGCUGGACAUUUACGACCCCAAGGUGGAGCCCGAACAGAUCAUUGACGACCUCACGCAUCCCACGGUCACGGAAUCGCCGGAGAAUGUGAAGAAGGCGGUGCAGAUCCACAGCGAUCCCUACAGUGCGGUGAGAGCCACGCAUGCGCUGGUCAUCUGCACCGAAUGGGAUGAGUUCGUGGACCUGGACUUUAAGCGCAUCUACCAGUCCAUGAUGAAGCCGGCGUACAUCUUUGAUGGCCGGAAAAUCCUCGACCAUGAGCGGCUGCAGCAGAUCGGUUUCCAUGUCCAGACCAUUGGCAAGAAGUAUCAGCGCGCUGGACUGCUCAGGUCGUGGGGCAUUGUGCCGCAGCUAUAGGCGCGGCGGACGACGAAGGAGGAGGGUGUGGUGGCAUUUACACUUAAAGUUGGCGAAAUUUCCAGUAUUUGCGAGACGAAAUUGUAAAUAUCCAGAGAGUCUGAGAUAGGCCAGACUUUCCUCUCUGUAUACAAUCCCUGCGUUGAACGAUUUAUGGGACAAAAAUAGUCUGACGAAGAUUCUAAGCAACUAUAAAGUAAAAUAAUAGUUCUUGUAUCCAUUUCAAGCUUAAAUCUAAACUAGAAAAGUUCUCGCAGUCCAGGAAAAUAUUCAACUAAAUUUAUGUUUGAAGUUUUAAAGUUUAAAAUAAUGAGACCCUUUUGUAUAUAUUUGUAGCAAGCUAAAAUCACUUUUAUAAAAGGUAAAACUAAAGCUUCUUCGAACUUCCGUUAGAUGCAAUUUCCAGCCUGUAUCAUUUAAUUCUUAAUCCUAAAUUCAAACCCGACCCAAGAGCUCUGUGAAGUAUUCAGCUAGAACCGUAUUUGUAUUCCUAUUCAUGCGCCAAUCCGCCACUCGAGGAUCUGGCAGUUGCAAUAUUAAAGCCCCCGCGGGAUUACAUGUGUCCUGCGGCGGUUCAAUAAUAAAAAAUUAAAGCAUUUACACCAAGAAUGUAAAUUUUAUAACAAA